GAGAGAGAGAGAGAGAGAGAGAGAGAGAGAGUUAUAGGGAGGAAAAGGCGUUUCCAUUCUCAGACCGGCGACACGCUCAGUAUCGCGCGAGCACCAUCCAGAGAACGGACGCUUAAAGUUUCCGAGACGUCUUCGUUCAUAAUAACCCCAACUUCUGCGUAGAUAUUCACGCUCUUUGACGCAGAAGUUUUGACCGAACUGUGUGUGUGCCGAACUGGACUUUGAAUUCGCUUGGCCAAAGCGCACCGCGGAUCCCAUCCAUCACCACCGGGAGCAUCUUCAUCUUCAUCAUCAUCAUCAUCGCCGGAUCACCGGGCGCGCGGAAGCAUGUCUGAAUACAGCUCGCUGUUGAGUGAUCUGUCUGAGAACAUCACUAAUGAAGACCUGGAGCAGCUGAAGUCGGCCUGUAAGGAGGACAUCCCCGAAGACCAGAGCAAUGCCAUCACCUGCUCCAAAGACUGGUUCAGCUACCUGGAGAAGAAUGACAAACUGGCACAAGAUAACCUGUCCUACAUAGAGCACAUCUUUGAGAUCUCGCGGCGGCCGGACCUCUUGACCCGGGUCAUCGAGUACCGCACAACCGUGCUGAAGAUCUCCGAAGACGACGAGAUCGACACCAAACUCACACGCAUCCCUUCGGCCAAGAAAUACAAGGAUAUCAUUCGCCAACCGUCAGAGGAUGAGAUUAUCAAAUUGGCCCCUCCCCCCAAAAAAGCAUGAGGUCAGAGUUCAUGACCUCUGCUCCUCAUCCCCGGCACUUCAUCUUGCCCAUCAUCGUCACCAAACCACGCCCACUGCCCCGCCCACUCCACCGAAUAGAUGCCAAGCAGCCAAUCACAUCGCCAAGAUGCUUUACAGCCACGCCCACGCCACGGAGCCACGGAAAACUGAAUGAAAGACAAAUAAAAGGACCAAAAGUCUUGCAGACUUGCAGAAGUGAACAGGUCAUAGGUCAGGUUGUGUGUCGGAAUGAAAAACAAUCAUUCUGUGUUCGCUGACGCAUGUGUGGAACUGUGUAUGUGCGAGAGAGAGUUUCUUCACACCCUCGAUAGCAUCGAGUGGGAUCGUAACGCUGGUCAGACCAACGCUGUUCAUGUCUUAAUGUGGCGACUAGUGUGAGUCUAGUAGAGAAACCGGUUUAGCCACUGAUCGCUGUUCCUAUAGACACAUUUAUUCCCUGGUUAGUAUCGUGGGUAGACUCCAGGUCGGUACAUUCCCUUUAAAACACGACUCACAUCAACAUUUAAAAGUGUUACAGAGAAUCCAUCCCUGAAUUUGUGUGAUUGCCACUUAGAAAGCCAAUAUUUGCCUUCUUUAGAAAUGAAAUGCAUUAUCGCAGGGUAUGCAGUUACCUAGUAGAGAAUUAAUAUUGCUUUUAAUAUUUCUGUAUGUCAUACUUCUAGGAGAUAUAGUUUAUUAAAUGAUCAGUUAGAGAAUAAUCGCUGUCUCGUAUCAAACGACAGCAGUCUUAUAUAUCAGCGUAAAUUAAGUUUGUUAAAAUUGCAUGGGAGACAAAAUUAGACGUCUGUCUUCUAUUAUUAAAUGUAUAACGGGCCUAAAAACGCUAUCUGUGGACGAUUAGAACAUGCUAGAACACUAAAUCAAUCAAAAAAAGAAAAAAAAAAAGAAAAAAAAAUCAAUGUGUUUAGUAAAGAUUUAGCUCCAUUUCUGCAGUAUUUGCAUCAGGAAAUAGAAGGCCUAUAUUUUUGUUAAAACUUUAAAUUGCUCAAUUUGACUACGUCUACUGUGAUUUAUUUAUUCAGAUGCCUCAGUAUGCCGUCAUGUGAAACAUUAGGAUGAUAUCACAUACAUUUUCAGUUAAUAAUUUAUAUACUGAAAGAGGGUAAGAAACAGCUGCGACUAAAACAGGGAUAUUUAUGUCACAGAUGUGAUAAAAAAAAAAAAAAAAAUGAAUAUGUAUUAAUGAGAUGGUAGAUAAUUAUCCAUAAACUGCAGCACUCAAUAUGUGGCCAAAAGUCUGUAUGGAUCACAUUGUGUAUUCAAACAGCGCGUCGUUUUAGCUGUUUCCGUCUAUUUUUAUCUAUUUUUCAUCCUAACACAGUAUAUUAAGAUCGUGCUGCGUUUACAAAUAUUGAUAUCAUGAUUAUGAUUGUGAUAUUCCUUCGCCUUUUAUUCGCACCAUCUGCUGAAAGACUGUUUAAACACGACUCUAAAUUCGCUUGAUCACUGUGUCAUGGCUCUGUCCCUGCAGACUGUUGUUUUCAUGCGAUGAACCCGGAGCGGUUAUCGAGGACAUGCCAUGCGUGUUUUUACGCGUCUGUAUUUCCACCCACGCAUGAGGCCCGCAAACCUUACAUUGAAUCUGGAACUACGCAUCUGGGAUAUUUUGAAAAGCCGGAUAGCGACUAGUCAUGAACAUUCAUGGCCCUUUUAAACUUGAAAUAUGGUUACUGUGGAUUUCUGAGGACUGUAAAUAAUGUCCUGUCAAGGUUUAGAUCAGUGAAUUAGUAAAGUUUAUUUCUGUCGCUGCCGCCUUAAAAUGACAGUUCUGAUUUCAUUUACUUACCCGGCAUAGUAGAGAGCAUAGUCCUAAAUGAUCUUUUCCAUACAAUGAAAGUCAACGAGGACCACACACACACACACACACACACACACAAAUAUAUAGAUGCUUGUUUCUGCCAUGAAGUAAAAUAUUAAAUAUAUAGAUACAUAUAUUAAAAAGGUAACUGUGACUUUUUAUCUAAAAAUCACUGAAUUCUGGGUUUUUAUUACACUAUUCUGACUUAAAAAUAAAAAAAAUCGAAUUUUGAGAUAUUUUGCACAUUCGCAAUUCUGAAAAAGAAAAGUUAGAAUUGUGAGAUAAAAAGUAGCAUUGAUAAAAAGAAAAUAACAACAUAAAAAGUUGUUAUUAUUAUUAUUAUUAUUAUUAUUAUUAUUAUUAUUAUUAUUAUUGUGUGGCUGAAAAUAUAUGUGUAUAUAUAUAAAACUGAAUUGUAACGUCACAGUUUUUUUACUUGUGAUAUGAAAACUUGCAAUUCUGAAGAAAACGCCAAAAUUGCAGUGUUUAAUUUUAGUUUAAAUGUUAAACUCAAAAUCCCAAGUUAUUAACUUGCAAUUGUGAGCUAUAAACUAUAAAUAAAUAAAUAAAAAGUCAGAAUUGUGAGAUAAAAAGUUGGAAUUACUUUUUAAAGUAUAUUUAUUCUGUAGCAGAAACAAACUUUAUGAAUGAGAUAUGACUCUCAUUUGCACUUCUGCAUAUUUUAACAUGGUGCAUCGCAUUCGGUCAGCAGACAAGAACCUAUAGCAUUUACUAUCAAUAACGUCAAACCUGGCAUCUUGGCGCUUAAUCAUAUGUAAAUGCAUGUACAUUUGAAAUAUAUUUGAGUUUAUUAAUUUUAGUGUAUUUUGUUCUUUCUGACACAAGGCUGUCGUUUGACAUCAGAGGACUAGAAAUCCAUGAGUUUGACGGUCUCUCAUUCCUCUUUCAUUGUAUGCAAAAGUUGUCCAAUAAAUACUAAAACAAAUGUGAGGGCGAGUAAAUGACAGAAUGUUCAUUUUUAUCAUUUCGCAAAGAUUACCGUGUAAAAUCCCAAGUCAGCGAUCCCUUUGAAAAACAGAUUGUACAUUAUUCUAUUUAUUGUAGUUUUUAUGUUGUUGUUGUUGAUGUAUUGAUGUUUCUCGACUGUGUGCAGAUAUCAUCUUGUGGAUUUUGCGGCGUGUGACAUUGUGACUGUGGUGAUGUUCCCUGUCUAGUGUCUCUCGGCCAAACGCUCAUCAGACACAGCAUGAUCACUUUUGAAUAGAUUAGUUUCUCUCUUAGUCUAAUAGUAGUUGGUUGGUUUAGUUUGUUUGCAUCCUCAGUCCUGACUGAAUUCUCUGUGAUACCUGACUCUAGAUCAGCUCUCUAGGCUUAUGCUAGUUUACCAACCAGAUGUAGAAAUUCAUAACAUCCCCAGACCAGCAACCAAGGGCUUCAGAUGUGCUCACGUCAUUGACGGUGGUUUUCAUUAGAUGUGGUUCUGUCGAUCUUGUAUCGUCUGCAUGUCUGUGCAGUUAGUCACUGAUCGGUAGAUCCGUCUCUAUCAAGGGCCUCUGUUCAGCACUGUGCUUUGCGCUUGAGAUCAGUUUGCCAGGUGUAUUUCUAAAACACAGCGCCUCCACUGGAGAACAUUGGAAAAGCCAUAUUAUUAUUGCUUGCCCUUUUCCAUGUUUCUUCUCUUAUGAACAAUAGAGGCGUAUUCGGAUGUAUUUCCUGUUGCAGCAGAUUGAUGGAAUAUGGUUUCUUUUCUUCACAGUGUCUUUCUCUAGUUUAAUGCCACUUCUUUUCCUCUAUGCAGAGAUUAUUGGGCACUGUGCACAAGCGUCUCCUCUAGACGUUGUUAAUAACCACUACAUGCAAGUAUUACGAUGUGUUCGGCCAAAUGAAACAGUGCACUGCUGAAGCCAUAGACGCAUAAUCAUGUCUUUUGACUGUCAAAUUGGAUGUCAUUAAAACAUAUCAGCCUUGAUAAUGCUGCAAAAGCUUCGUAAUGCUGAAGAUUUAUCGCUAUUGGCGUAACAGAAACACGACUCGAGGUGUUUUAUCCUGCUUUUAGUUAAUGUGUCUAAAACAAGUUCCACUGAAACUAACUAAAAAUUACCACAGAAAUUAAUCUUGUUCAAACCUGUCCACUUCAGAAUAUACAUUAAAGAAAUGCAUAAAGAAAAUAAAGCUUUUUUUUUUUUUUUUUUAUAAACAUUAUGCCGUAAUGCAAAAACCUAAAAAUAGGCUUAAUUUUCUUUUGCACAAUAUAAUUUUCUUUUUUUUCUUCUUCUUUUUCUUAAGUUCUGACUGAUGCUUUGUUCUUAAGAUGUACAUACAAAUAUGUUGUGGAUUUAUAAAAGUGUUUUAUUAUUGAUUAAUUUAUUUAAUGCAACUGUAUCUUGUUUUGGUGUACUGACGUCUGUGUACUAACUGGACAAGCAGGAGGGUGUUUAUUCAUCAGUGUAAGUGUAAGUGUGAUGCUCAGAUCAGCUCUGUUCUGUUGGGUUUAUCAGAGGCCUCUGGGCUCAAGAUCCUUUUCUAUACUCUUCUGUUUUGAUAACUUUACAGCAUAAUUUACAUGUCUUUUCAUCAUAUCUUUCUUUUUUAUUGUAGUGUUGUUCCAAAUGCUUGUUCCCUUUCUUAGUAAUGCUUCUCGGCAUAAAAUGAGCGUGUUGUAGUAA